AGGAGUGUGAAGAAGAGCAGGAACAAGCAAAGUGGAUUCACUGUGCGAGAAAUCACCAUGCUGGGUCAGCACAAUGUCCGGGAAAGAUAAAACGAAUAAAAGUGGGUAAAAUCAGAGUAGAAGAGGGUCUGUCAUGCACCGACGCUAUCAAGAGUGCAAAAGGAACAGGAGCCGAAAAGGAAUGGAGAUGAGCAGAAUAUGAUAUGCAAUUCCUGGCAUUUCUAUGGUUGUUAAAGAGAGGAUCAAGAUGGCGGCAAGGAGAUUCUUGGACAUUGUAGACACAUCAGGAGAAGAAAUAGUCAGUAAACUGAGGGAAGGAUUUACACCAUCUCAGACAACUGAGUCUGAGUCAUAGAACGGACAAUGCAUUGAAUGGGAGUACUUCGGGUGGUCACUGUAAAUUUAUUGCACUGGGGAAACUAUUUCAUCCAGUAGGUGGCGGUAAUGCAACAUUUUGGAUGUCAACCGCCAUAAAACCACAAAGAAGAAGAAGAAAGCUGCGGUAUUAUCUGCACAUCUCUACUGUUGAGACGGGGGUUAAACUUCAUGUGUUUGUGUUAGUGCUGGUUUUUAAAGAGUUACUCUUCGCCUUGUGCCGAGUAGUGUUUCCUCAACGUGCUUCAGUCAGCAACGACUUCAGUCUGUGGUUGAAACGAGUUAAGCAACGUUUGUUGGCUAACCCGGGUUAUCUGUAGUUUCAAUAGCCCUUAUCUGACAGUGUCAAGGCGUUUUAUGCAUAUAUGAACUUAUUUCACAAAUGACAAACAUUUGAGUAGAAAAGCUCCAGCUGGGCGUCUCGUGUUUAACUCUAGCUAAAGUUACUGCAUCAUCAUCGUCUUUCCCGACAUCAUUGGACUUUGCAGCCAUGAGGAAUCUUUGGACCAAAGCGGGUGUUUUCGGUUCCGUUUCUUUGGCUUUUGGUUCAAUGCUGUGGUCACAGAAGAAGACCGAAUCAGACCAGGUUGCUUCAAGUUGCUCCUCUGCUGAUGCAAAUCUCAGUUCGCCCUAUGAACUAAAAUUGGUCCAAGUCCUGUUCCGACAUGGUGCCAGAACACCACUCAAGUCGAUACCUGAUGUGAUGGAGGUCCAGUGGGUGCCAACGCUCUUGGAGCCUCCAGCGCAUACCAAAAUCGACUAUGUAGUGACUGAUCUUCAUGGUGGCCCAAAGCCCCCGGCUCCUGUAGAAGACAGCUAUCGGAAAAACCAACUGACCGGUGGCACGUUCCCCGGUCAGCUGACCACAGUGGGCAUGCAGCAGCUGUAUGAGCUGGGCAAGAGGCUGAGGAGGAGAUACAUAGAGGAGAGUCCUUUUCUCAGCUCCAGCUUUAACCCAGCUGAGGUCUAUGUGCGCUCCACUAACAUUGUGAGGACCAUUGAAUCUGCCAAGUGCCUGGUAGCAGGGCUCUUCCAGCAAAAACAAAUAGAAAUUGUGCCUAUAUUAACAACGGAGGCAGAAUCUGAAAUCCUGUAUCCUAACUACCACGGAUGCAAGCUGCUCAAAAUCCUUGGCAGCCACCGCUGGGCAGAGUCGUCCACUCUGCCAGACAUUGCAGCAGACCUGCAGAGCAUCCAACGCGCGUUGGGCAUCGCUGCUCACCAGCACAUCGACUUCAUCCUCAUUAGGGACGACAUGGUUGCCAGAGAGACUCAUGGCCUGCCCUGUCCAGCAGUGCUGGAUACCUGGAGGAAUAAAGUGGAACAGAGAGCUGUGGACAUGAUCUACCAUGUGUAUCAGCCCAGCAAGAGGGAGAACUUGCAGCUGUGUGUGGGACCCCUCCUGCACACAUUAUUAGUUAACAUUGAAGGGAAGCUACAGGACACCUCAUCAGAUCCAAACAGGAAGUUGUUUUUGUACUCUGCACAUGACACCACUUUGAUUCCCUGUCUGAUGGCUCUGGGGAUUUUUGACAUGAAGUGGCCACCGUACGCUGCCGAUAUCACUCUGGAGCUGCACCAGCACCGGCAGACCAGCAAACCCUUUGUUAAAGUGUCAUACAUCGGCCAGGAUCAACUUAUACCAGGUUGUAGCGGAGUGUACUGCCCCCUGGAGGAGUUCAAACAGGCCCUCUCAGACUACUCACUGAGCUCUGAACUCUACCAGUCACUUUGUAACCACACAGAGGGUUUGGCCGAACCCUGAACCCUCAAAGCUUCACGUCUCAACACAGUGCUACCCAUGACAUUACACUCCUGACACUUAGCACGCAUCAUGUUUUUUUUCACAUUCUCAUUCCAUCCAGCUUCCAUCCCUGUCAAUAUACCUCACUCUCGGACUACACCAGGGAAAAUUUUCUUGGGCACAAGUCCUGCAUCACAUCCUCUUUUGGAGAUCUUUUAGUUUACAUCAGACGUUAUUCCUCAUCUCCAUGUAACCAUGGCAAUAAAAUGGUUAAUAUAGUUUAAAGUUUACGUGCAGAAUGAUUUUACUAUAGAGUGUAUAUCUGAUAUGAGAUGCUUAGUGCAUAGGUGUCUGUUUGCAAGCACUUAAUCUUUUUUGCUUAAUGAUGAAGGUGGCGUUAGUCCAUGAUUUUCUUAUUGUCAACAAAUCCCAACAGACUAAAACCAACAAUGUCUGCAUAUCUCUCAGUACCUUCAUAAAACAUUAAGAACAGGUGACAGAUGCAUAGUUUAAUUUUUUUAAAGUAAUUUCCUAAAAUUACUUGACACUAGUUUUAGCAAGCGAUAUUUGAACAGGAGUAAAUUGUAGAUUUGUCGGGGAAUAUUUUCAGCUGCAGUUUGAUACAAAUCUGCUAUGAAGGAACAUGUCACCCAGUUAAAUAGUGUGGCUCCUGUUUUGUGCUUUAGACAACAAUGGAGGUCUAUGGCACAGAGGAAUAAGUUAUAUCAGGCUUUGUCUACACGGGCAAUACUUGUCAGUAGGAUAGAUUCAUUGUUGGUUUUGUUCAUUUUAGGACUUUUUGAAAAGAAAAAUGCAACAGUAUUAUUAGCCUUUUAAUUAUAAGUUCAAACAGUUGCUGAAAUCUAAUCUUAAUAUGGACAACCUAAAGGUUAACCAGUGUGACAUCAUCAAUGCCUGUAUCUGACUGCUGAUGCAAUUCUGCCAAUUAGGUUGUGUUUACAAUUAAUCAUUCAUAAUAUUCAUUCCUCAGGGGAAUACUAAGCACUUCAUGUACAGUAGCUAGUGGUUAUUAACAAAGGGGUGCAGAAAGUGUUCUUAAUGUGUAGGUGAAUGUCUUCAUAAAUGCAGAAAGGGAAUAAUUCUGCUCAAGUAUGUUUUAAGAGUGAAACAUUAGGUUGCCUUCUUGUGGGGAUUUGUUAUCAGACCGCAGUUUGAUGUAUGCAUGAAUACAUGCCCAUUAUUUUGACUUGAGUGUUAGUCUUAGAAUAACAAGCAUUGUACCUCAUCAGCGGGAGUUUCCCUGUGACCUGCUGUUUAAAAUGUAAAGGUUUGGUUUUGUGAGGCAUAAAUAAAGAUUUUGAUCAAUUUGAA